AUGUCAGCCAUGAUACUUCACGGAGCUUCUCUUUACAAUGACCUGAAGGCUCCGAUCGAAGUGCUGAUGGGACAGGUUUGGCGGGUCCUCUACCCGGAGAGGAUCUUUCCAGUCGCCUCACAAGGAUCAGUGUAUGUUCGGCUGCGUGAAAACCACCAAGUUACAGGCCACGGAUAUGCCAUGGGCCAGCUGAGGGCAUCAGAAUCCUUUGGAGACUUCAGUGCAGUGGCAAACCGUUUGGACCAAGCAGAGUGGCAGGCAGCAGCCCGUGAACAUCAUCGCCGGGAGUGUACCCAGAACAAACAAAAGGAUCAGACCACAGCGGCAGCGAUCUCUCUCAGAUCAAAGAUGGCUUCCAGAAAUUUGAGCCAUCAUGCAGUUGGCUACGGGAUUGGCCUUGUGGUGUUGCUUGUCUGCGGGGUGAUGGUUCCGAACUUUCUUCUUGCAGGGCACGAAGAUCUGGCUUGGAUCGUGGGAAUAGUCGCCACGUUUGAUUAUUCGAUGCUCUGCUACUUUGCCAGCAAAUCCAUCGAUCAGAACGAUUUCCAUUAUGGGCUGGGUACGAGCAUUUAUGCAGUGGUGCUGUUCAGAGGUGGCUCGUGUGUGGCAUUUUGCAUCAUGGGCGCCACGGCUUUCAUAUCUUUCUUAUCUUUCUUCAACGGGCUGAAACCGGGCGUCGGGAUGUUGACAUUGACACUCUGUUUAUUCACAUGUGCCCCGCCCGUCCUUUGCUUGAUUAGGCUUUGCCUUGCAUUGUGCGAUCUAGACGGGAAUUGGAGACAUGCAGCCAAGCAGCAGCUGAAGAAAGAGAAGGCGGAAGCGAGACGACAAGUGCUGAAUCGGACCAUCGUUUUCAAAGGAUCAGUGCUUGCAGGACACGGGAGACCCUGUGUAGUCUCCUGGCCGGGCAAGUAUGCAGGCGCUUGGGAUACUUUAGUUCACGCAAGCCGGAACUGGGGAGUUAGUGCCGCGGUUGUUUUCUUACCUGAUGGCACAGACCUCAGCGGCGAGCACGAUGAGAUCCCGCCCGAGCACGGGAUUGUCGGAAGCUGCUGGUGCCAGCCGCUCUACGGCGGGAAACAAAAGUGGGGAUGCCGUUGGUGGAGCAUGUGGAUUAAGAACGUCGAGGCAGCUGUAAAGCACGGUGCAACACUUCAAGUCUACUAUUUCAAAGGCUGCGUCGGCAAAGGCAAAGUGCAGAGCUUUGACACCGCUGGCGCAGAGUACCGUCGCCGAGAGGCGCUGGAGGAACGACGCAAGCAGUUCGAGAAGUCCGAACAUUUUCACAAGCUUCGAGCAGAAGGGCUUGACAACUUGUCCCGCUGGGAACGCGAAGAUGGGUCCUCACCAUACAAGCGGGAAGCCAAUCGACUUUUCCUAGAAUGGCUUCCGGGAGACGAUGCCGAGUUUCUCAAAAGGUCCGAGGGCCUGGGGGGCUCCCAAAAGGCGGAAGUCGCAUGGCUGGAGCGGAAGGGCUACAAGUACACCGAAGUGGAUGUCUCCUCUUGGCUCACAGAUCAUGUGCAAUCGCCACAGGCCUACGGCCGACCGGCAGUCCCCUACGAGGCAGCGAGCCGCUUGGGCUCUUUGCCUGCGCUGCCCCCGGGCAGAGUGUGA